CAGGCGUGAAGGCAGGUAGCCAAUCCGUACCGAAUUUCCAUCAGAGUAAGCAAGCUACUGGCAAAUAUAGGUCAUAAACUGUCUGCGGUCUUCCACCCUCAAAUACUGGGUUAUAAGGCAUGCAAUGCUUGCUUCGUCUCACGUCAUGUCUCAGGUGUUAAAGUGAAAAGUAACAACGUUGGACCCAAACCAGGUUACACUUUUACAUGGAUUUUUCUUCCCAACUUUUUCUUUGGAUUUGAUCAAUUAGUUGAGGACAGUUUCUAUUUUCUCCAUGCACCCGCAGCAGAGCAGUGGUGACAGUAUGGCCGAGACGGGCGGCAUCUUGCCUGACUUGUCGCUGUUCGGGAACGAUGGUCUUCUAAACGAACUGGAGAAGUCGUCGACUUGCAGCGAUUCGGAUUUUGUGCUUCCAGCCAGUCCCUUCAUGGAGAAUGGUUGGCAAGAAGACGAGGAUGGGAACGGAACAGAUGCACUGACGGAUAUCUUAUUCAAGAAGGAGCCAUGCAGUCCUUCCUCGACAUCCAGCGACAGCAAAAGCCGACGCGAGAGUGCUUCCAUGAUGGAGGACUUCUUCUUCGACCCGAAGUCCUCGACGUUCGGUGACAUCGACAACGGCCACAGCGUGAUCGACAACGGAAUGAUCAACGCUGGCCUGCAUCAGUUCCCCCACAUCAAGGAAGAGAUGGAUUGCGAUUACCAAGGGAGCGUACCCCGUGUCCAGUCCGACUGCGGUCCAAUGCGAGUACCUUCCAUUCCUAUUCCUUGCAGCAAUGGCGGUAAUGCCAACGCAGCAAGGUUGUCCAUGAACUUCCAGUACAGCAUGGACAUCGUCAAUAAUAACAAUAACAGCCAUUGUGGUAUGCGCAGGAUGUCGGCGUGUAGUCCGGAAUCAUUGACAGUGGGCGGGGUGACGAUAAAACAAGAACCUGUGGACAAUCUUCCAUCUCCGUGCAAUAUGCAGUGCAACCCCAACCCCUCCAGUAUGCCCAUGGGGGUUCCGCCGACACCCCCUGACAUGUGUGCGUUGGCCAUGGAGACCAAACCCAUGAUGCAUUCCCCGACGUUUCACCACCACCACCACCACCAGCAGCAGAACCAGGGACCCGUGUCCAAUUCCUUCACCUUCAACAUCAACUUGCCACCGAUGGACCACCACCACCAUCACCACCAAAACAACCAACACUUUCCACCGCAGCACCACCAGCACCAUCAACCGCACCACCAGUCCUACAGCGGGUUCCCUCCGACCCCACCCAACUCCCAUCCCGGUUCCCCUGCGGACAUUCCCUUGGGUCUUGAUGGAUCCGCCCUCUGUCUCAGACCUCCGCCUCCACCAUAUCCUCUAGCGGUUGCCAGCAAAUGUAGCCAGGUGUCCCCUGUGACCAGUACCGCCACCCCCACCACUCAAACAGUCAAGUAUAACAGGAAGAACAAUCCUGAUCUGGAGAGAAGACGAAUACAUCACUGCAACUAUCCAGGUGAGUUGACAAAGUUUAAAUAGAUCUGUAUAAUUUGCAUAAAGAUCAUGAUCACUGUAGUAGUGUAGAUUUACAGCAAAUUUCUUUUCAAGGAAUUCUUCACCUAGUAGUCCCUUGCCGAGCAGCGUCAAUUAAGGGG